UCCUUAUUCCCCCUCCAAGAUGGAGGCGCUGGAGGUUUUGGGGGGCUACCCGACCAAGCCCUUAAACCCGAGAGCCCGAAUGGUCAGGGUUCUACUGAGUAUGACGGUGUGCAUGGGAUGUUUAUUAAUGCUACAUAGUUUUCUCAAAAUCUCCAAGUCCAGGAAGCCGCAAGAUUUCUAUUCUUUUGAGGUGAAGGACGCCAAAGGGAGAAGCGUUUCUUUGGAGAGAUACCGAGGCAAAGCGUCUCUGGUUGUCAACGUGGCGAGCCACAGCGAACACACUGAGGAGAACUAUCGCUUCCUGCAGGAGCUGCACCGGGAAUUGGGUACGUCCCAUUUCAACGUCCUGGCUUUCCCCUGCGGCCAGUUCGGGGACACGGAGAUGGGGGCCAGCCGGGACAUCGAGGCCUACGCCAAGAACACCUAUGGCGUCACCUUCACCAUCUUCAGUAAGGUCAAAAUCAUGGGGUCGGAGGCGGAGCCAGCCUUCAAAUUCAUAACAGAUUCCGUGAAGAAGGUUCCGAAGUGGAACUUCUGGAAGUUCCUGGUGAACCCCGAAGGCCAGGUGGUGAGGUUCUGGAAGGCAGAGGAGCCCGCCGAGAGCGUGCGUCAGGAGGCCGUAACCAUGGUGCGCCAGAUUAUUCUAAAGAAAAGGACAGAGCUCUGACGAGAUGGUGGGCUCUGAGAUGGCGAGGAGUAAGGACACCUCUGAUGUUUCCAGAGUUUCAGAGUUUGAAUUAAAGGUUAUGAGUUAUUAAUUAAGAUACAAAGUAAACUCUGUUAGGUGCUGAGUGGUGACUUUAGGCAUAGUGCCUUGUGGUAUGGGAAAGGAUUUGCCAUUCUUUUCUGAAGAUGAUGAAGACUGAAGAUGAUGACUAUUGCAAUAAGAGAUUCAAGGGUGUGU